CUAACGAAGAAACCAUGAGCUGCUGUUUCCCCGGUUGUUAUCCCUACUCCUGUUGCUACUCCUGUUGUGCCCCGGCGUGCUGUUACCCAUGCUAUUACCCGUGCUGUUACCCAUGCUACCCCUGCUACAAGGACACGCUCGAAGACGAGGACUCUGAACCGAUUGAAGCAAUUUACCAAGCAGUAUCGAUAGAUGUCUCGGAUAUACUGCGAAAAUUCACCGGCCCCGACAAUAUUAUGAAGUAUUUGAUUGACAAUCGCCCAAAGGAGUUGCUGGUGUAUUAUUUCAAAUCCCCGAUGAGCUACCUACCAACUAAUCAAACCACCAACGGUUUACCGUUGAAUCCAUACACUGGGCAUCCCUUUACGCUCCAAGCCGGUACUUUCCAGUACGUUCCGCCGAAUAACGGGUACAAUAACGUACCGAAUGUCGUGUAUACUUCCCAACCGGCAACUUACACGGAGUCCUACGCGUUUUCUUCCUACCCCAGAUACGUCCCUUCUCCCGUUAUCACCGAAUUCCCGCAGUAUCCUCAGCCUAGCAGAGGCUACGAACUAACGAGGUUCGCUCCGGGCGUUCAACAAACUCCUGCUAGCUUGAACUACCAGAGGACGCAGGACGAAGUGGAUGGUGGUGGAGCUAGUGCGGAGAAUUUCAUCGCGAAUGCGGGCGAAGAUUAUCCGGCGCAAGAGGGGGAUUCUGGCGAUGAAGAUGUGAAACUCGCUAUUAGAAAUAACAGCAGGCUGCCGUUGAAGUUGAAGAGGAAGCCGAGGAGUUAUUCGUUCAAGAGGAAGAGCUGGAACCAAGAUGGGGUGGAGGUUUGUUCGGAUGAUGGAGCCAUGCAGAGCAUACAGGAAAUGGAUGAUGACGAAAGUGUAGAGCUGGUGUCUGAGAACGAAGUUUGCUUAAAUGUUACCAACUAUAGUCGGCAUUCU